CCUAAGCCCAGUAGACUGCACAGUUUUUCGUUUAUUUUGGCACACAAAAUGGCUAGCACUGCCGGAUCGAGUGGCUCGGGAGGCGCUGGCGGUGCCGGUGCCGGUGCCAGUGGUGGUGGUGGUGGCGGCAGCGGCGCUGGAAACUCCGAGGAGGCGCGUCGCAUUUGGGUUGGGAAUCUGGAUUCGCGCAUCACCGAGUUCCAACUCCUCAAACUGAUGCAAAAAUGCGGCGCCAUCGAGAAGUUCGACAUGCUGUUCCACAAGGGCGGUCCCAUGGUGGGACAAUCCAGGGGCUACGCCUUCGUCACCUUCGCGCAGAACGAGGGAGCCACCAAUGCGCUGCUGAAACUGGACGGAACCAGCGUGGGCAACCGCUCCAUAGCCGUGCGCUUGGCCAAGAACAUUAAAUAUGACGACCUGCAGAAGCCCAAGCCGCGCCUGGAGAUACCAGCCUUGGGAACAGGCAAACGCGAGGAGAAGAUCAGCAAAACGGAGGCCAUUCGCGCCAUUGAGGCCAAGCUGAAAGUGCUGGAGCGGCAGACUGACGACAAUCUCGAGCUGAACACAGCGGGCAGGGGCGAGGCCAACGUGCCCUUCAUUCAGCGCUACCAGUUCAACAAGGACCGGGACGGAUCGCAGCGCUACGGCAAGUCCUCGGCUCCAUAUCAUCGGCAGCAGCGUCCCAAGCGGCGCUAGGCGCUACCGACACUCGACUUUGCCACCGUCUCACCCAGUAGUCUGUAAAAAUCAUUAGUACUUAGGGCGCUACCUCAGCAGACGAGCCUUGCAGGUGUAAUUUACAAUUAAUUUAUUAAAAAAAAGGAACAAUCAGAA